UGACUCAUCUUAAAUAAAUAAUUGAAUAAUUUUCCAGCAAAUUUAAUUCUUUAAAAAAUUAUUUUUCAUUUCGUAAAAGAAGAAAAACAAGAGAAAAAUUGGAAAAUAUUCAAAAACUACGAAGAAUUGUGAAAAGAAGAAAAACAUUAAAAUAUAAUUUAUUGCAGUUUUGAAUUGCUUCGAAUGUGGAAGCAACUUAAAACACCUUCCAGAAUAUUUUAGAUUUUCGUUUUGCACACAAGAUCGCAUUACACAACAGUGAAAUAAAACGUGGGGUGUAGUAUCUGGUUUGAAGAAAAAAGUGCGUGUGGAAAAGAAUUUUUAGAAUGGAGAUUAUUAAUGUUUUUUUAAAAUUUAUUCCCGCAACCGCCAAAACAUCUCAGACACAGUUUCAUUGUUACGGUCAUGCUUUAAUUGCUAAAUCAAAAUAGAAAACGUGCAAUCUCAUUGGAAAUGCCAGUAAACAAACAUGAUUCAUUCAAGUCUGUGGAAAUAGCGGAAGCAACGAGAACUGAUGGGAACAAAUGUUAUGUUGAAAAGAACUUUUUCGAUGCAUUAUUGAAAUACAACGAGAGUCUUUGUUAUGCAGUACCCGACAGUGAAGCUGUUGGUCUCGCUUAUGCCAAUCGAUCAGCAGUUUACUAUGAAAUGAAACUCUACGCAAAGUCUUUGAAGAAUAUUGAACUUGCAAGAGCCAACGGAUAUCCUAAAAAGAAUCUUUCGAUUCUCGAUAAAAGAGCUGAAAAAUGUCAGCAACAACUUGUGACAAGAAAUGAAGUAAAUGGAGAUGAAAAUAUUUUUGAUUUCAUUAAAUUGUCACACGAAGCUAAUCCUAAGGUUCCAUUUGUUGCCAAUUGUCUUGAAUUGAAGAGAAGUGAGAAAUAUGGUCGUUUCAUCAUAACAAACGAAGACCUGAAAGUUGGUGACAUUGUUGCAGUUGAACCUCCACAUUUCAAAAUCAUUAAAACAGAUUCAAGAUAUGAAAGUUGUGAAGAAACAAAUCGAUAUCAAAGAUGCGUUUUUUGUCUUAAAGAUAAUCUUAUGGAUUUAAUUCCAUGCGAAAUAUGUUCUUCAACAAUGUUCUGUUCCGAAGAAUGUCUCAUCAAAGCUCAAAAUGAUUUCCACUUCUUUGAGUGUCCAAUCAUUGAUUUACUUCUUAAAUCGGGUAUCAUGCAAAUGGCUAUGCGAACUUUUUUUCAAGCACUGUCAAUGUUUGACGGGUCGAUUGAUGCACUAGAAAACUUCUUGAAAAAGAACGAAAAUCUUUCAGCAUCUGUCUACGACUUCAACUUCAACGACACUGAUGACAGAUUGACGGCGAAAAAUUAUCUUCUUUCAUUAUAUUGUCUUGCACGAAGUGACAACGUUUGUUUAAAUGAUUCACCUGAAAAUAUUUUAAAAGUUCACCCACUUAAAAGUGGUUUAUGGAAAUCUCACGAAGAUUUCAUAGUGAAAUUUGUCAGAAGAAUUCUCCAAGUUGGAGAUUCCAAUUUUCAUGGAAUUUGCGGAUGGUCGAUAAAGAAAUAUGAAAAUCAAUUUCCUCAGAUGAUUGGCAUUGGAUGUUAUCCAUUCAUUUCAUUAGUAAAUCAUAGUUGUGCACCAAAUGUCAAUCGAAUUUAUGUAGAAGAUAAAAUGAUUUUACUUGUUGAACGUCCAAUUGCGAAAGGCGAACAGCUUUACGAUUGCUACAAAACAACAUUUUAUACGCAACCACGUCGUGAACGUCAAGAAGUGCUUUUGAACGAAUAUUAUUUCUCUUGUGAUUGCAUUGCAUGUUCAAAUGAUUUUCCAAUCUUCCAACGCUUAAAAUCAUUUGACAAAAAAAUUUACAAAAUUGCAAAGAAGGGUAAAGAUGAACUUUCAAAACUUGAUGUCGAUCAUGCGAAAAAGAGAUUUAAAGAAUAUUGCGAUAUCAUCCAGAAGCAUCAUAAACAAGCAUUUCCAUCAUCAGAAAUUGUCGUUCUGCAAGAAUGUAUUCUUCAAUGUGUAUCGAUAGUCAUAAAGCCGAAAUUUGUUUUUCCUUGAGAUUUGAAGCUUUUCUUUCUAUGUAGAUAUAUUUAAAUAAUUCACGGUAAUAACUGCACCUGUUGAAACUGUUUUAUUUUUGUUUUAUUGAACCAACUUGGUUGCCAAGGAGCUUUUUUGUAUGUUCCAUUUGUUGUUAGGUUUUUCUAUCACUUCAAUAUUUUAUAAAUAAAGAAAGAAGGAAAAA